GAAAGGACACACUUCUUCUGUGGAUUUAGUGUGCUGGAGUCCAAAUGGUGGGCGAGUUGUGAGCGGAUCAUACGAUGGGAUGGUCAGAGUGUGAGAUGUGGAGAGCGGCGAACCAGUCGAAGGUCUGAAUCUAAUCAAGAAAGGACACGGGUCGGUAUACGUGGUAAGAUACUCACCCGAGGCAUCAAUGAUUGCAAUAGGAGGAUAUAACGGAAGUGGAAUACCAAUCUGGGACGCGAAGACAGGCGAGCUGCUGUCCACGAUCAAAUUCGAUCAAUCAGUUUGGUCCUUGACCUGGACAUCGGAUGAAAAGAAGCUUAUUGCCGGGUGGGGGAAGGGGCAGAUUACGAUAUUCGACACUGCCACAUGGCAGCAGAUCGUUGUUCUGGAGGGUCACACAAAGAUUGUCUUCUCCCUCACUUUAUUUCCCAACGACCGCGUCCUUGCGAGUGCAUCAGAUGACGGAACAGCGCGUCUCUGGAAUCUUGAUACAGACCUCCAAAUCGGGCCACCUCUUCAACACAAACAUCAAGUCAUUUGUGCGGCCUUCUCCGCUGAUGGAAAGCUGCUAUCUACUGCAGGUCGGGAUGAUGAAUAUGUUUAUGUAUGGGACAUUCAAGCCAUCCUCAAAACAGCUGGCCUAGAAAAUCUCCUGUCCAUACCUGAUGUGAGUCCCAACUUGAUUCCCACUCGCUAUCUCAUUCCCAAUGGCUAUCAGGCACAAAAAUCUGAACUCAAAAACAAUCUAUCAGAUGCUAAUGCUACGCGACGUCCGCCUAUCCGUCCAGCCCCACGUCGAGUGCCACAAGGCUUUUUCGAUAAUGUGCAAGACAGCGGUCCUUCCUCCACUACCCAUGCUGAUCCAUCUCCGCAUCGCCUCCGCAGUGCUUUUGCACUAUCCUGGAGACCACGUCCACGUGCGCUCCUCGUUCGCCUUACCCAACGCUUCCAUCGUUCUCAAUCAAACGCCGAUGAACAUGUCGAACUCCAGCAACGCACAGGACCUAGUACUUCCUCUCGCUCCAGUCCUCCUGUUGUCGAAGUUCCUGCACUAGAUGACAAAAAGGCACUCUAUGUCGCUCGGCCGCCGGAACGAGCUAGCGACAAAGCAAAACGCGUCGACACCUCCAAAUGGUGGGCUCGUGUUGUGUUGUUCCUCUGCUGUGUGUCUCCGUCCAACGACGGCAGUCACUGAUGGUUUUAGAACAUGGUCGAUCACAUUCAAAUUGAUAUCAUCCUUCUG